UUCUAACAAUUUUAAAGAGGAUUUCGUGUGAGAGCGAACAAGCAUCAAAGUGUCUUUCAACACUAGCAAGGUCAAUUUAUUGUUUUCAGUUCUGGCAUCAUUGUGGAGUAUGCAUGCCACCGCGAGAGAAUUAUCAAUAACUAUCGAUAACGCUGAAAGCUUAACGAUUCUAUCGAUAGCCGGCAACUAUCGAUAUUAUCGAUAAUUAUCGAUAGGUUUCCCAUCCCUAUUCAAAACUGGUUUGUUUUGAUUCUCGUUCCACGUGGUUUUCGGCUGAGAGUUUUUAGUAUUUUUCUAUAUUGGUAUUAAAUGUUGGAUACUGUAAGUGAAAUGGAUUUUUCUACUAAGGAAAAUGCAAAGAGAGACACGCUUCAUAAGAAAGAAAUAAGAAAUAUUUUUGUUCCUCGGUCAAGAAAAUCAGCACUAAAAGCCCAAUGGCAAAAAAUAUUUACACCGGUUGUUGAACAACUUUUACUUCAUAUUAGAUAUAACAUCAAAAACAAUCAGAUUAAAAUUCGUGUCGGACCUGAAACACGAUGUUCACAAAAUCUUCAAAAAGGAGCAGAUUUUGUGCGAGCAUUUGUUCUUGGUUUUGAAGUUGAUGAUGCGCUCGCUCUAAUACGGUUGGAUGAUCUUUUUAUUGAAUCUUUUGAAGUCAACGAUGUUAAAAUUUUAAAAGGUGACCAUCUGAGCCGUGCAAUAGGGAGACUGGCCGGAAAAGGAGGAAGAACAAAAUUUACAUUGGAAAACUCUACCAAAACGCGAAUAGUUCUUCAGGACUCAAAAAUUCACAUACUCGGGAACUACAAAAACAUAGAAGUUGCCAAACGUGCGAUCAGCCAUUUAAUAUUGGGUUCUCCGGCAAACAAAGUUUAUGGAAAUUUGAGAAAUAUUGCUAAUAAAAUGUCAGACCGUUUGUAAUUGUUAAUUUAAA